AUGAAACCAAACACCUCCCAAAAAGCCUCCGCCGCACAAACUCCAUCCUCCUCAUCCUCGAAUGUCAAUCCUGAAUACCGCGAGAUUAAAGCCAAGUUUGCUAAGCUUUUGGCUGAAGAGGAGGCUAAACGUGCUGCUGGGGCAGAAAAACCUCAGCGCGCAAAGAAGCCAUCAGUGGACCAGUCGGAGCUUGCUAAAAGGGCAAAGCAACAGGACGACAAGCGGAAUAAGGAGAAAGAGAAUGAAUUUAAGGUCCAGCAUAUAGGUAUAUCGCUGUUACUUGGGUGGUUCGGCCUUGUGCAUAUAAUAGGGAUAUAUUUCUUUACCAAAGGGUUUUUAUUAACUCGGCUGGUACUGGAAGAUAAAUCGCAAUGUGAUGUCUUACCACUACAAGAUCACCCCGAUGCAAUUGCGCCGGCAAACCUGGGCAUUGAUGCUCCCAAAGAUGGCGCCGGAAAGGGCUGUUGGCACCCCAAGACCUUCGAUAAAGCCGUAGUGAUCAUUAUCGAUGCUCUACGAUACGACUUCACCGUUCCACCCAAGAGUAUAGCUGAAGGCCGGCCACCUCGUCUGUAUCACGAUAAUAUCCCUGUUUUCUAUGAUACCGCAGUCAAUACGCCGAAUGAUGCAUUUCUCCUCCCGUUCAUUGCCGACCCGCCUACGACCACAUUACAGCGUCUCAAGGGGUUAACUACUGGCACAUUACCAACGUUUAUUGAUGCAGGCUCUAACUUUGCCGGAACCGCAAUUGACGAAGAUAAUAUCAUUGCGCAAUUGAAAUCUGCUGGAAAACGUGUCGUGCAUUUAGGAGAUGACACCUGGCACGCACUAUUUCCUGGAUAUUUUGAGGAGGAGCUUACGCAUGCAUACGACUCGUUUAAUGUCUGGGAUCUAUUUACUGUUGACAAUGGGGUUACUGAACAUAUCCUUCCUUUACUACAUGCAGACAACUCGACGAAAUGGGACGUACUGAUUGGUCAUUAUCUCGGUGUGGACCAUGCCGGUCAUAGAUAUGGACCAGAUCACCCUGCCAUGGCUGACAAACUGGCCGAAAUGGACGCCCUUAUUCGUAAAAUGAUGGAUGCAAUUGAUGAUCAGACUUUACUGGUUGUGAUGGGUGACCACGGAAUGGAUCCUAAGGGCGACCAUGGUGGUGAAUCUGACGAUGAAAUCGAAGCUGCACUGUGGAUGUACUCAAGAAAGGGUAUUUUUGGCAGAGUAAGUGACGAGUCUCUACUGCCACCCACGACGGCAAAGGAGCGUCCAAUCCCCCAAAUAGACCUUGUGCCUACCCUGUCCUUGCUCCUUGGUCUACCUAUUCCAUUUAAUAAUCUUGGAUCUCCAAUCGAAGAAGCAUUCGCUGGCAAAUCAGGUCAGGACUUCCGCAACCUUGCAGCCGUUAGUCGACUAACCUCGGCGCAAAUCAAACGAUAUCAGCAUGAGUAUUUUAAGGCUCGUGGAAAUGAGGCAGCCCAAACAUCAAACCCACUUUCAAAAUGGUCCGAGGCCGAGCAGAAUUGGAAAGACAUCCAUGACUCAGGCGAAACUGAGAAGGCUACAUACCAAGCAACCUAUAAUACCUACCGAGAUUACCAGCGUCUUACACUCUCCGUAUGUAAGGGGUUGUGGGCCAAAUUUGACAUCCCUAGCAUGGCUCAAGGAAUCGCUAUACUCGUUUCCGGUGUAACUUUGCUACUUUACUACGCUCGUGCAAUUCGGGGCAAUCGAACAAACAUUACAUACUUUACGCUGCGGAAAAUCGGAUAUGGUUCCCUAGCCGGUGUUGGUGUUGGUGCGAUAUUAAACGUCAGCCUUGCUUUGGAUUUGCAUAUCGCUGAAAGCAUAGCACUUGGGUGUGUUACAGGUGGUGUUAUAUCAGCAGCCUCAAUGGUGCUCCAAAGCCAAAAAACUGUUGGCACCGUUAUACCGAGAUCCCUGUGGGGGUGGGCAAUGUUUAUCUUCACCGUUGCCCAAUCUGUUGGGUUUGCCUCGAACUCUUACACCAUCUGGGAGGAUCAAAUACUCUUGUUCUUCCUUACGACCUUUGGUGUAGUUGCUGCCUUUUCGUCAAUGAGGCAGAAGGUUACGGCGGAUAGAGUCCUUGGGUUCUAUCACUCCAUUGUCUUCACAUUGCUUGGAAGGGUUGCAUCGAUGUCGAAACUUUGCAGAGAAGAACAAAUGCCUUAUUGCAAAUCAACCUACUAUGCCUCCAACAACUCCUCCACCUCUUCUCCUUUGCAACUGCUCAUCCCUUUCUUCUUAUCUCUACUUCUCCCUGCUGUGAUCCGGUCAUAUUACCAGGGAACGAAGUCGUACGAGGGCUCGGCUAUCUUCUGGAUCGGUUUCGCAUUUCGAAUGGGCCUCCUUAUCGUUGCAGUCUACUGGACACUCGACGCUGCAGAUGAUGGAGACUGGUUCGCCGUUCGAAAGGACCAUAUGAAAUCAGCACGCAUGAUACUGGCUCAAGUCGUACUCGCCAUCGCGUUUGCCGCUGGGUCUACGACGUUUGCAUGGGCUAAACCAUGUGUCAGUAUUGGUGUCACCCCAAAUAGCACCCAAUCCGGCGAAGCCAAAACAUCCGUAACAAUACUAGGCUACGCAAACAUUUACGGCACCCGUUACUUCUUGCUCCUAGUCAACUUUACUCUAGCUAUAAUCCUCCUUCAGAAGCCUAUGGGUGGAGGCGCUGUCGGCCUCCAGAUCUGGCAAAUACUCUCACUCAUGGAGAUCCUUGAUACGAAUAACCUUACUACCACUAACUCUGCGACAGGUCCUAUAGUCCUUGCGCUCCUCGGCUCGUUUCACUAUUUCACAACCGGUCACCAAGCUACUCUUAGCAGUAUCCAGUGGGAGACUGCGUUCAUCCCGCUCAAAACUGUCCAAUACCCGUGGUCCCCUAUCCUUGUGACUAUGAAUACAUUUGGACCCCAAAUCCUAUCCGCCCUCGCCGUCCCACUCACGGUUCUCUGGAAAAGGCCGAUUGAGUCGCGCGUAAACUCCAAGCUUCCGACCAGUGCGCCAGCAGCGUCAUCCCUGGUGCCAGCACAGGGCGAUCCACAAAAGGUCUCUAAAAAAUCUUCUCCAACCAACAAACUUCUGAGUGACGUUGCACAAGCAACAGCAACUCACAUGCUAUACUACGCAACCAUCAGCUUAGCCACGACUAUGUGGGCUGGUUGGCUCAGGAGACAUCUAAUGCUGUACCGCAUCUUCUGCCCGCGAUUCAUGAUGGGUGCUGCUGUCCUGGCUGUUGUUGAUAUUGCGGUCAUCUUUAUCGCAGCCGGUGGUGUACGAUGGAGCACACUCAGCGUGGGAGAAAUAUUUGGGUGGGCAUGA